GAACAUAUUUGAAUUGUUUUGCUAACACUCAAUGCAUUUGUUAAUUUGUCUUUUCUAAGCUAAGGUUCGUUGCAGGUUUCAAUUAUUUUCUGUUCAUAUAUAAUUUUCUGGCUUAAUAUGUCCUUAUUUCUAAAUGUAUCGCCGGAAAGGAUGAUGGAUUACAUAUCAGUCGACAGAAGGAAUAUACGCAUAUGCUUUUUUUUUUAAUUAGUGAUACUAAUUGUAUUUUCGCUAUAAAUCAUUGUUUAUACUAUUAUGGGUUUAACAGCAAUUUUUCCAUCAAUACAAACAAAACAAUGUUUCAAUCAAUCUAGUAAUACACAUCCGUCAUAUUUAUUUAAACUUUGACAUUCAUAAACGAAAUAUGGACACAAGUUUGACUUAAUCAGAUAUCAAAAGAAUUUAUCUCGUGAACGGCUGUAAACAGAAGAUAAAGAACCUACAAGCAAGUACAAAACUUUAUCUGUUAACCAAAGAUAUAUUGCAGAAAAUUACCUUGUUGAAAGUCAAACGUUACUAACAUAAUGGCGGAACAGUGUGAAAAAGAGAUUUUAAAACUAUAUGCAUAUUUGGAAAAAAUUGCAAGUACGGAAGACAAUGAUAUAAAUGAUAUAAAUGGACUAGAAAAUCAUUUUGAAAAUUGUUUUCCCUCGAAAACUGAGGACCCGCAUAAAAAAAUUAAAUUAGGACUUCUUCAGAAUGCAGAAUUUCUUACCAAAGGCAAGAUUGAAAGAUCGCAUAGACUAGAAAUCAAUGCAGAAGAUACAGGAGAUACUUUUUUGAAUGGGGAUUCGUUGCUAUUACGUGCAAUGUCAAUAAACGUGAAGAAGAACAGCCCCCGAAAAGGAAUUCUCGACAAAAUCAUCAAGUGUAUAAUAAAAUACUGUCCGGGGUUAAUCAGUUUUGAGAAGAUACAUGAAAACAGUAAAGGUGUGACCCCAGUGCAUCUAGCAAUUGUGCAAGAAGACAAAAAACUUCUUGAGAUUAUGGCAGACACACUUAAUAAAGAUGUUGACACAAGUCAGCAGAAAGCAAAAUUAAAGAGAAUCCAUGCAGAAAGCGCCAUAUUUCAAGAUACAGUCAUGAUGGCUGGGACUCUGCUUGGGGUCGCUUCUUUAAAAUUCAACGAAGAAAUAUUCUGUAUCCUCCUUAAGAACUUUGUAUCGGAAUUGGAUGCUACAAACGAAAAAGGCGAUAACAUUAUACAUUCCUUGAUAAAGUAUGCACACAUCAAACCAGCAACGCUCGAGUUAGUGCUCAAAAUGGUCAGUUUCAUUUUGGAUUGUCAAUUUAUCAAAAGAGGAUCAAAGUAUGAGGGGAAAAAAGCUUUCUUUUGGAAUCGUCAAUGGACUUUCAGGAAGCAAGUCUGUAAACUACUGAUGAUGACGAACAAAGAGAAACUCACCCCACUGCAGUUGGCAGCUAAAAGGCAGCAGUUCAAAAUCUUUGACGUAAUCAUUCAUCAUGAGGUAUACCUUUCACGAGAAUCUAACGACGGUCUCUUUAAUGAAGAAACAUACGACAUCACUGAGAUCGAUACGCUUGCAAUUGAAAGUGAUGUCAAUGCGUCACAUGUAGAGGACAUCAAAACCGAGCAUCAUGAAUCGGUACUAGAAUAUGUGCUCCAUCAUCAGACAAACAACGCGUUCUUAUUUACCAACGUUACGCCAGUAAAGGAGGUGAUAAGAGAAAAGUGGAAGUAUUACAGACCUUGGUUCCUUUCAUGGUUUGCCAUUUAUCUUUUCUUCAUGGGUUUUCUCUCAUAUGCUGCUGUAUUAAGGUCACAGAUGACGACACCGAUCUCGGACAAGAGUACAAUUCAAUUUACAUAUCCUGUGACAAAAAACGUUUUUGUUACAGCUAUUUCAGCGAUUGGUUUGCUUUUCUCUGCAUUGUUUGUUUCAAUGGAGUGUGCAAGGAACAAAAUUAAACGAUUUCGGUCUCAAACCUCUUCAAAGUUUACAAAACGUAUUAUUCGUCACUUUAGCAUGCCGUAUUCAAACGUCAUGUUUCGGAUGUACUUUGUCUUAUUUUCAUUUCUUCUCCUGUUUGAUUUCUUUUUUGCCGCUAUUGGUGAGUCAGGAGAUAUGUCUGGAUACGAAAACUAUUGCCUGAUUUUCGCAAUUAUAAUUGGGUGGUACCUUGUUUUAUUCUUUCUUCAAAUUGUCAAAGCAUUCAGUUUCUAUACUGUUUUGAUUCAGAGGGUUAUUUCUGAUAUGAUAAAGUUCGCAUUUGUCAUGGGCAUAUUUCUGAUAGCUUUUUCUAUUGCAAUGUUCAUGAUUAUGCAAGGCGCUAACACGGAAGAUGAGGAUUUUAACAAUUUAGGAAAAACGAUGGUCAAAAUGUUGACUAUUAUGCUUGGUAUCGGAGAAUUAGACAUACUGUUUCAGGCUCGACAACCGAUUUUAGCGGUUACAGUCUUUGUUCUUUUUGUUCUUUUAACAACAAUCCUUUUACUCAAUGCACUUAUAGCAAUGAUGUCCAAUUCAUGCACGGACUUGAUGAGUAACAAUGCCGAUGUAGUAGCCACAAAAAUGCAUUAUCGUCUUCAGAAGUUAUCGGUUAUUUUAUUUCUCGAAAGUUUCCUUCCCCGUAGAUUUUGUAAGGAGGUCGGUACCCUAAAACAGAUGCCAAGAUAUGACAAUGAAAAUAAUAAAGACCAGAUCAAACAAAGACGCAUGUGGAUGAGGAAUUCCGUACACGGCCAUGAAGGAGCGGGGUCUGACGCAUCGGAAGAGCCAGUACAGCUUACACAUAACAAAAUUGAUAUUUCUAGUUUACUGGGAAAGAUUCUGCCGAGAAAGAAAACUUCAAAUAAAAAACACAAAGUGUUUCCUGAAAUUCAAAAUACAAUUGUUUCCACCCUACAGGGUCAGCAGUCAUUGAACAGGCGGCUUGAAAUCACAGAUAUUGAACGAACAAGAUGUGACACCUGUCAAAAUCAUUCCAGAAUUGUUUCCCAAACACAAGAAAUAACGGAAUUUUUAUAAUGGAUGAGUGAAUAGUUGGAUUUUACGGCGACUCGACACAAAAAGAGUAAAUAUCGCCGAAACGAAAUGAAGUUGAUAAACAUUUAUUAUAAAAUCCUACAUACAGUCAAAACUUGACAAAAUAAAAAUUAAUGCGUAUAAAACUUAUUAUGUUGAAAUUGUAAAGUAAAUGCAUGUCUGUUUCAAAAGAAAGUAAAACAGUGUCAGCAGAAACUGUGAAAAAAAAAAUGUCCAAGGAGUUAUUCUCGCAAAUCCUUGCAAUUGGUUGAAAUAUGUUUAAUAUUAAGUGGCGUUUGUCUUAGUGUCAUUCAUGCUGUUCUUCUUCCUUCAGAAGAUAAGAAUGCGUCAAAUGGGUAUGACCUAUUCCGUAGAACUUAAAUGUUCUUUGAUUUCAUAACUAUAAAAUUCAAUUCAAACAUGCUUUAGAAAACAACUGCCUUUAACGUUUUGAUUCUUAAUAAUAAAAAGUUAAAUCCAUAGUUUUGUCUUGAAAACUAAAUCUAUCACUUAUAUAUUAUACGUAUUUUAUUCUUUAUAAAUUGCUUUAUUAAAUGGCUAUAACUAUUCUGUAAAACAUACGGCUUGUGACGGAAAUCAAAGUAAUUGGAGAUCCGAUCUAGCAUUUUGCAGCACUAACCUGGUCGACUUUCAUUUAUGUUCAUUGUUUUGGUUUAGUGCAGAUUAAUUAAUUUACCUCAAGUGCUUUACGUGGGAUAUGUUCGUGAUAACAUAUUUUUCAGUGGACUAAUAAGUAAUUGAAUUACAUAUAUUCUUUUUUAGAAGACCUUAAAGUUGAUCAUAUUCUAAAACAUAAUCAAAUCGAGAUUUCAGUGUUAUACUUUUAAAUGUCAUUGAGACAUCUAUGUUUUUUACAUUUGUUUUAUGAUUCCAAAUUGUUGUUACAAUGUCUACCCAAUGGUAACGUAAGACCCUGUGCGAAAGUUCACACAAAAUGACAUACUGGGGUUCACUGUUGCUUUAAUGUUUUCUUACCAUUGGGACAUGGAAAUGUGUUCCAUAUGCGAUAAUACGCUACAACCAUUUCGUCUAACAAAGACGGGAUUAAAACAAGACAUAGUGGAGAUGUUUUAUAGGAUCUGGAAGUUUAAUCCGUUAUGUUGUAAAAUGCCGACAUUGUGUCUUGUUUGAAAAAUGCAUUUCUUAAAUAUAUGUCCGUCCAGACAUAGCAAAGUAUGUAUAUAGACGAUAUUUAUAUACUUGUAUAUUGAAUAUGGGUCCCCGAGAGAUGAGACAAUUGCAGUAUUUUCAUAAGCGCUUAACGUGAGGGAAAGACAGACAAUUGUCUCACUUCAAGGCCAGCGUGAGACAUAUAUAAGAGUAUAAAUAUAUUAUAUGUAUAUAAUAACAAGCAUGUUGUUAGUAAUAUUGUGAUGUUGAGGUGUAUGCAUAAGUCACUAAAACAUCUUUUCCAUUUUAUUGUGCUCUGUUGAAAUAUUGUUGACAUCCUGUAAUCAAGAUGAGCAGUCAGAUAAUGUUCUUAUGUAAAUAUUUCUUAUAGUUAUUGCUCUGCUUAAAACCUUCGUGUGGUAAACAUGGGUCUUCUUGUUUUAUUUGUUGAGGCGUGUCUAUAUUAAACGUAAGCAUGAUUCAGUUUGAUUUAAGUAUAUGUAAUGUAGAUUGAUAAUAAAUUAUUAAUAUCAAAAUAAG